AUGCAGCAGUAUAAAAGUCCCCAGCCCGACGGAACUGAUGCCGCUCUUCCUUCCAAGCCUAAUAACAUCAAUACCACCACAUCGCCUCGGUGCUUGAAGCCCUAUCAAUUCGGAGACAAAAAGUACAAGGGAUUCCAGCUUCUUGACCCAGAUGUCAUCCAUAAUCGGCUGAUUAGCCGAUGCCACUCGAUGAAGUCCCUUGAGAGUGCCGGUUUUCCUAUGCCGCAAGACUUCUCACCAGUCACCAGCACGAUUGCGAAAGAAAUUUACGUUCUGAAGAAGACCGUCUGUUCUCCCGAAUCGGAACCUCUCGCAUCCAAGCGAAAGGUGAUCGUUCUCGAUUGCGAGAUGGCAUACAGUGAUUGCGACACGGAUGAAGCUGUCUCAAUCUGCGUUGUCGAUUUCUUCAGUGGGGAAGUCCUCAUGAACAAACUUGUGAAACCGCACGAAGUCAUCGUCCAGCAUCGAAGUAGAACACACGGCAUCACAAGGAAGAGAUUGAAUACGGCCUUGAGCCAGGGUCAGACUCUGAAAGGAUGGCGAGAAACUCGUAAAGAGCUGUUUACCCAUAUCGACAGCAACACAGUAAUCAUAGGCCACGCGGUCCAAAACGACAUGAGGGUCUUGCGGGUAUGUCAUACAACAGUUUUUGACACCAUGAUUCUUACCAAUAAUGCGGUAUUUGGGGAUGAACGAAUUGGUGGAAGGAACUGGAGUCUUCAGUCGUUAUGCGAAGACCUUUUCAGCUUACGUAUCCGUGCGGGUUCAAACAAACACAGCGCGUUAGAGGACACAAUGGCUGCCAGGGAGAUUGCUCUAUACUGUGUCUGUCACCCUGAGAAGUUGCAAGAAUGGGCGGCAGGGGCAAAUAAAAGGGAAAUGGCAAAGCAGGCGUUGAAGGGGAAAAGCAAAGUAAAGAAGAUGAAGCCUCCAAUUUCAAGUGGGGAUUCAAUAGGGGCGGAUGCUUCUACUGUGGAGGCGGAGAUCUCGGUAGACAGAACGUAG